AUGGCAUCGGUUCCAGUGUACUGCCUGUGUCGCCUGCCCUACGAUGUCACACGCUUUAUGAUCGAGUGUGACAUAUGUCAAGACUGGUUCCAUGGAAGGUAAGUUAUAUUUCAGUGUCAUUGAGCGUUACUACACUGAACAAAAAUAUAAACACAACAUGUAAAGUGUUGGUCCCAUGUUUCAUGAGCUGCAGUAAAAUAUCCCAGAAAUGUACCAUAUGCACAAAAAGCUUAUUUCUCUCAAAUGUUGUGCACAAAUUUGUUUACAUCCCUGUUAGUGAGCAUUUCUCCUUUGCCAAGAUAAUCCAUCCACCUGACAGGUAUGGCAUAUCAAGAAGCUGAUUAAUCAACAUGAUCAUUACACAGGUGCACUUAGUGCUGGGGACAAUAAAAGGCCACUCUAAAAUGUGCAGUUUUGUCACACAAUGCCACAGAUGUCUCAAGUUAUGAGGGAGCGUGCAAUUGGCAUGCUGACUGCAGGAAUGUCCACCAGAGCUUUUGCCAGAUAAUUGAAUGUUAAUUUCUCUACAAUAAGCCACCUCAAACAUCGUUUUAGAGAAUUUGGCAGAAUGACCAACCGGCCUCACAACCACAGACAACGUGUAUGGCGUCGUGUGGGCGAGCUGUUUGCGGAUGUCAACGUUGUCAACCGAGUGCCCCAUGGUGGCGGUGGGGUUAUGGUAUGGGCAGGCAUAAGCUACGGACAACGAACUGAAUUGCAUUUUAUCGAUGGCAAUUUCAAUGCACAAAAGUACCAUGACGAGAUCCAGAGGCCCAUUUUUUUUAAAGGUAUCUGUGACCAACAGAUGCAUAUCUGUAUUCCCAGUCAUGUGAAAUCCAUAUAUUAGGGCCUAAUGAAUUUAUUCCAAUUGACUGAUUUCCUCAUAUGAACUGUAUCUCAGUAAAAUCAAUGCUGACUGUUUACAGUAGGAUAUGAGUACAUUUUUGUUUGUUUAGUUGUGUUGGAGUGGAGGAGGACAAAGCAGCAGAGAUUGACCUGUACCACUGUCCCAACUGUCAGGUCAGCCAUGGGCCUUCUGUCAGUAAGUCCCUCUCAGUCUCUUUCAAUUAGCUUCCCAGGCUAUCUUUUUAUAUUUCACCCAUAUUUCAGACCUGUUUGAAUCUGGGUACUCUAGGACAGGUUUAGGAAACCCAGGCUCUACAGAAAUACACAUGCCAAUACACAUACCAAUUCCUCACUUCUGUCUGUUUUAUUACCUGGUCUGCCUUUAGUAAUACUAGUAGUAGUAAUGUAGGCCUAAUAGUAGUAGUAAUAGUACAGUAGUAGUAGCGUGGUUGUAAUGCAAGUCUGUUGUUGUCCCCUGUAUGUUCCGCAGUGAGGAAGCGGCGUGGAGGUACCAAGCAGGCUGAUGCUGGAGGAAGAGACACUUCUGGUCGACCGGUAAAGACAGGCAGUCCACAGUUUGUCAGAGAGCUACGAAGCCGCACCUUCCCAAGGUAAACCUCCCAUAUUACAUUAUGUCUAUACAUGUUCAUUCUCUUCCACACUGUCUCUAUAUCUAGCAUGAACAUUCACCUAAAAUGACCCCCUCGCAGAGAAAGAACCCAACCUGACACCUACAAUGUAAAUGAUUUCAUGCGUAGAGCCUUCUGCUUGAGUCCAUACAGUAUAGUGUCUCAACUAGCUGAGUGGUCCACAAUAUGGCUUUUAAAUCUGCAUUUUGUUUUGUCAGAUAAUGUAUCAUGUGGUGUGGCACUUUAAUAAUUUUCUCUACCUUUACAGUUCUGACCUGGUUCCCUCCAUAGAAGUCGAAUUUUGCAUCAUAAUACCAUAUCAGCCAUAUUGAGUGUACUGUCAUAUUCCAGCAGUCUGGGACACUUAUUCUAUUUCUAUGUGCCCCUCACUAUUUUCCAAUCUCUCUUUGUAUGUCAGUGCUGAUGAGGUAUUGUUAAAGCCGUCGGGGGCCCAGCUGACAGUGGAGUUCCUGGAGGAGCGCUCAUUCAGUGUUCCUGUCAUGGUCCUCAGGAGGGACGGCCUGGGCAUGAACCUUCCCCCGGGGAACUUUGGAGUAAACGACGUAGAGCACUACAUCGGUAAACCUCUCCGUAAAAUAACGGCUAUUUUGGUUUUACAUGCAAUUAUUGUGAUACAGUGAGGGAAAAAAGUAUUUGAUCCCCUGCUGAUUUUGUACGUUUGCCCACUGACAAAGACAUGAUCAGUCUAUAAUGUUAAUGGUAGGUUUAUUUGAACAGUGAGAGACAGAAUAACAAAAAAAAAAUCCAGAAAAACGCAUGUCAAAAAUGUUAUAAAUUGAUUUGCAUUUUAAUGAGGGAAAUAAGUAUUUGACCCCUCUGCAAAACAUGACUUAGUACUUGGUGGCAAAACCCUUGUUGGCAAUCACAGAGGUCAGACGUUUCUUGUAGUUGGCCACCAGGUUUGCACACAUCUCAGGAGGGAUUUUGUCUCACUCUUUGUAGAUCUUCUCCAAGUCAUUAAGGUUUCGAGCCUGACGUUUGGCAACUCGAACCUUCAGCUCCCUCCACAGAUUUUCUAUGGGAUUAAGGUCUGGAGACUGGCUAGGCCACACCAGGACCUUAAUGUGCUUCUUCUUGAGCCACUCCUUUGUUGCUUGGCCGUGUGUUUUGGGUCAUUGUCAUGCUGGAAUACCCAUCCACGACCCAUUUUCAAUGCCCUGGCUGAGGGAAGGAGGUUCUCACCCAAGAUUUGACGGUACAUGGCCCCGUCCAUCGUCCCUUUGAUGCGGUGAAGUUGUCCUGUCCCCUUAGCAGAAAAACACCCCCAAAGCAUAAUGUUUCCACCUCCAUGUUUGACGGUGGGGAUGGUGUUCUUGGGGUCAUAGGCAGCAUUCCUCCUCCUCCAAACACGGCGAGUUGAGUUGAUGUCAAAGAGCUCCAUUUUGGUCUCAUCUGACCACAACACUUUCACCUAGUUCUCCUCUGAAUCAUUCAGAUGUUCAUUGGCAAACUUCAGACGGGCCUGUAUAUGUGCUUUCUUGAGCAGGGGGACCUUGCGGGCGCUGCAGGAUUUCAGUCCUUCACGGCAUAGUGUGCUACCAAUUGUUUUAUUGGUGACUAUGGUCCCAGCUGCCUUGAGAUCAUUGACAAGAUCCUCCCGUGUAGUUCUGGGCUGAUUCCUCACCGUUCUCAUGACCAUUGCAACUCCACAAGGUGAGAUCUUGCAUGGAGCCCCAGGCCGAGGGAGAUUGACAGUUAUUUUGUGUUUCUUACAUUUGCGAAUAAUCGCACCAACUGUUGUCACCUUCUCACCAAGCUGCUUGGCGAUGGUCUUGUAGCCCAUUCCAGCCUUGUGUAGGUCUACAAUCUUGUCCCUGACAUCCUUGGAGAGCUCUUUGGUCUUGGCCAUGGUGGAGAGUUUGGAAUCUGAUUGAUUGAUUGCUUCUGUGGACAGGUGUCUUUUAUACAGGUAACAAGCUGAGAUUAGGAGCACUCCCUUUAAGAGUGUGCUCCUAAUCUCAGCUCGUUACCUGUAUAAAAGACACCUGGGAGCCAGAAAUCUUUCUGAUUGAGAGGGGGUCAAAUACAUUUUUGACAUGCGUUUUUCAGGAUUUUUUUGUUGUUAUUCUGUCUCUCACUCUUCAAAUAAACCUACCAUUAACAUUAUAGACUGAUCAUUUCUUUGUCAGUGGGCAAAUGUAGAAAAUCAGCAGGGGAUCAAAUACUUUUUUCCCUCACUGUAUGUGGUUGUUUUCCCCAUAUAAUUAAAUAGAACACUGAUUUAUAUGUUGUCUUCUAUGGUACCUUUUUAGAGUUGAAUGCACUGACUCUAAGUCUCCCUAGAUAAGGGCAUCUGCUCAAUGAUCAAAAUGUCAAUGUAAACCUGCCACUCCACAUACAGUACAAGGCUCUGUCAUACCUGCUCUUUAACUAGUUACGUCUCAACUUGACAUUCCAUUACCAUAAGAGAUGUCACCUAGUGUAACCUACUGUAGGUUACCAGAGUAACCUACUGUAUUAUCUCACACAACAAGACCUCGUGAAGUUGAGAAGUUGUAUAUGAUCAUGGUGCAGGAAUAAAGCACUGUCUGGGGAGCAGCAAGAUGUGUGUGUUUGUUGAUUGUGUGUUGUCUGUAGGUCCGGACAGGGAGAUUGAUGUGAUUGACGUGUGUCGCCAAGCUGACCUGAAGAUGCGCCUAGGGGAUUUUGUAGAGUACUACAACAGCCCCAACAGAGACAGAGUCCUCAACGUCAUCAGCCUAGAGUUCUCUGAGACCAGGUACACUGCUUGUUCUUGUGUCAAUUCAGUCCACUCAUUUGUUGGGAUUGCUCUCUAGGGGUCUUCCUUGUCACCAGUACAUAAUUUGGUUGAACAAAAGUUACGUUUUGGCAGAGCCAUACAGAGAAAGAGACAGUAUAUGGCUCUGUAUAAUAUAUUUUUUUGCAGAAUAAAGUUAUUUAAGUACUGUUGUUGCAGUUGUAUAAAAUACUAGAAUACUUGGACUGAAUUUGGUGUUUAAUUAUACAAAAUGUCAAUUGUCUGUCACAGGCUGUCAAAUUUGGUGGAGACUCCAAAGAUAGUGAGGAAGCUGUCGUGGGUGGAGAACCUGUGGCCUGAGGAGUCAGUGUUUGAGCGGCCCAACGUCCAGAAGUACUGCCUCAUGGGGGUCAAGGACAGCUACACAGACUUCCACAUCGACUUUGGAGGUACCUCUGUCUGGUACCAUGUACUACGGGUAAGAAGAGGGCAGUUAUGGGACAUAUUUGGGACAGAUUGUGGAAAGGGACUGUUGGAACUGGGCAUUCUUCCUGCUGUGCUGACAUGCAUAAUUGGAGCGUUAUACACUAGGAGGCUUAAGAGAGAUAUAACAUUUGAAUGUAUGAUAUCCAUGCCUGCCUUUACCUUGUUCGUCAUUGUAAUGCUGUGUCUGCCUGACGAAUGAAAAUGAUUUCUCCUUUUAACUCUUCCACUUUUACGUUGCUGUGGAAACGGAAAGGUUGAUUAAUGAGCACUGUCGCUGUUAGAUAAAUGUCUAUGUGUGUCUCAGGGUGAGAAGAUCUUCUACCUGAUCUCCCCCACACCAGCCAACCUUGCCUUGUUUGAGCGCUGGAGCUCCUCGUCCAAUCAGAACGAGAUGUUCUUCGGGGACCAGGUGGACAUGUGCUACAAGUGCUCCGUCAAACAGGGGAACACACUAUUCAUCCCAACAGGUAUUCACCCUCUUCAUUUACCCAGGUAUUCAACAAAGUGCGGUCAGAUGUUAUAGUUUAAUCUUCUGUAGAGGGACUAGUGCUGUGACAGGCCUGUUAUUUCUUCUGGUGAUGUGUUUUACAUACAGUGCAUUCCUGGUGGAGUGUGUCAGAACUUAGUAUAUUAUGUGUGAUUGUUCUACAUGCAUAUAUGAAUAGUAUUUUACCUGUAUAUGUCUGACUUGUUCACAUGUACCUGUGUGUCUCUCUCUCAGGAUGGAUCCACGCUGUACUGACUCCUGUGGACUGCGUGGCUUUUGGAGGGAAUUUCCUACACAGUCUCAACAUUGACAUGCAGCUCCGGUAAGUCCCUUCCCUCCUGCCUCCUCCUAAAACGUGAGUCACAUCACUUGCAGUACUCAGUUCAUCUGAACUGAUCAUAGCAACCUCUCUCUACCAUUCAUAACUACAAUGCCAUUUUGAAAAUGGCUCAUUCAAUACAUUUCCAUUACCAUUGUACUAUACAUUCCAAUUACCAAAUGUUAUAACCAUUCAUUUUACAUAUACAUUUUAGUCAUUUUAACAGUUAGUGACUGCAUACAUUUUUUUUCAUACUGGCCCCCCGUGGGAAUCGAACCCACAACCCUGGCGUUGCAAGCACCAUGCUCUACCAACUGAACACCCUGUGUUCUGUCUUCUUUCCCCAUCAGGGCAUAUGAAAUAGAGAAGAGGUUGAGUACAGCCGACCUGUUCAGUUUCCCAAACUUUGAGACGGUGUGCUGGUAUGUUGGCAAGCACCUGCUUGACACAUUCAGAGGUGAGGCGCUUCAUCAUAAACCAUGCUUUUUCCCUCUGCUCUCUAAUGAACUGCAUUUCUUUGGGCAAUGUUUGUCAAGAACCUUGAUAACUUCUAUGUUGGUCUACGUUGCAGGUCUGAGAGAGAACCGCAGACACCCUGCUACCUACCUGGUCCACGGAGCCAAGGCCCUCAACAACGCUUUCCGCACCUGGACACGCAAAGAGGUAGCUCUUUACUGUAGGCCCCCUUAUGUAUGCAUUCCCCGUGCCCAAGAACACCAAGGUAACCUGCCUAAAUUACUACCGACCCGUAGCACUCACAUCUGUAGCCAUGAAGUGCUUUGAAAGGUUGGUCAUGGCUCACAUCAACACCAUUAUCCCAGAAACCCUAGACCAACUCCAAUUUGGAUAUCGCCCCAACAGAUCCACAGAUGAUGCAAUCUCUAUUGCACUCCACACUGCCCUUUCACACCUGGACAAAAGGAACACCUAUGUGAGAAUGCUAUUAAUUGACUACAGCUCAGCGUUCAACACAUAGUGCCCUCAAAGCUCAUCACUAAGCUAAGGACCCUGGGACUAAACACCUCCCUCUGCAACUGGAUCCUGGACUUCCUGACGGGCCGCCCCCAGGUGGUAAGGGUAGGUAACAACACAUCCGCCACGCUGAUCCUCAACACGGGGGCCCCUCAGGGGUGCGUGCUCAGUCCCCUCCUGUACUCCCUGUUUACCCAUGACUGAAUGGGCAGGCACGACUACAACACCAUCAUUAAGUUUGCCGAUGACACAACAGUGGUAGGCCUGAUCACCGACAACGACGAGACAGCCUAAAGGGAGGAGGUCAGAGACCUGGCCGUGUGGUGCCAGGACAACAACCUCUCCCAACGUGAUCAAGACAAAGGAGAUGAUUGUGGACUACAGGAAAAAGAAGAGGACCGAGCACGCCCCCAUUCUCAUCGAAGCGGCUGUAGUGGAGCAGGUUGAGAGCCUUAAGUUCCUUGGUGUCCACAUCACCAACAAACUAACAUGGUCCAAGCACACCAAGACAGUCGUGAAGAGAGCGCAACAAAACCUAUUCCCCCUCAGGAGACUGAAAAGAUUUGGCAUGGGUCCUCAGAUCCUCAAAAGGUUCUACAGCUGCACCAUCGAGAGCAUCCUGACUGGUUGCAUCACCGCCUGGUAUGGCAACUGCUCGGCCUCCGACCGCAAGGCACUACAGAGGGUAGUGCGUACGGCCCAGUACAUCACUGGGGCCAAGCUUCCUGCCAUCCAGGACCUCUACUCCAGGCGGUGUCAGAGGAAGGCCCUCAAAAUUGUGAAAGACUCCAGCCACCCUAGUCAUAGACUGUUCUCUUUGCUACCGCACGGCAAGCGGUACCGGAGCGCCAAAUCUAGGUCCAAGAGGCCUCUAAACAGCUUCUACCCCCAAGCCAUAAGACUCCUGAACAUCUAAUCAAAUGGCUACCAAGACUAUUUGCAUUGUCCCCCCCACCCCUAUUUUACGCUGCUGCUACUCUCUGUUUAUAAUCUAUACAUAGUCACUUUAAUAACUCUACCUACGUGUACAUAUUACCCCAAUUACAUCGACUAACCGGUGCCCCCGCACAUUGACUCGGUACCGGUACCCCCUGCAUAUAGCCUCACAAUUGUUAUUUUUACUGCUGCUCUUUAAUUUUUUUUUACUUUUAUUUCGUAUUAUUUUAUAUUGUAUUUUUUAGUGAUUUUUUUUGGUAUUCUUUCUUAAAACUGCAUUGUUGGUUAAGGGCUUUUAAGUAAGCAUUUCACUGUAAGGUCUACACCUGUUGUAUUCGGUGCAUGUGACAAAUACAAUUUGUUUUGAUUUCAUCAAGCCUUUAUAGCAGCCACUGAAGACAAUACAUCCGUCAUAGGCAGUCAUAAUGAACAAUGGCAUAAGAUAUCAGGAAGCUAGUUAUAAUGGGCGCUAUAGUCCUUUGUGUCUUAUUGUGAUGUUAUGUUUUUGUCCUCCCACCAGUCGCUGACUGACCACGAGGUGGAGAUUCCAGAGACCAUUAAGACUCAGCAGCUGGUCAAGGACCUGGCCAAGGAGAUACGACUGGUGGAGGUAAGCCGGCCUGGGGAGGUGGAGACACUUUAUCUGACAACAUUUCAUAGAGUACACUGACUGAGGCAAACCGAGCCAAGCUACUGGACUGGCCUGGUUGUUCAUCCACCAUAAUAUCUGAGCCAGCACAGUUCAGGUCGCCACUAUAGUGAGUCCAUAUCAGGCAUAUGAGUGUGUAUGAAAUAAUUUCAGUCUGGCUUACUGAGAGUACUCUGUCCUCUCCUCUCUGCCACCCAAGGACAUCUUCCAGCAAGGCCGUCCUGCGGCUCCUUUCACCUCUACACAGGGCUUCCCCUCGCCCCUCCCCAAAGCCUCCCCUCUAGCCAUCUCCCAGAGCCCUGGCCGCCCCCCGGGGAAGAAGAGAGGCCCCAAACCCAAGGAUGUGUCCCCCAGCCCCAAAAAGAAGGGCCAAAAGGGUUUAAUGAAAGAGGCAGGAGAGCUGGACCUCCUGGAGAUCCACACCAAACACACACUGAAGAAAUGCCAAUCUGGUAACAAGAAAAACAAGAACAAGGUAUGUCUGUUCAAUUGGUGAUUGAUGUGCAUUGUAAAUGAAAUGGUCCUUUUACCUAAAACAUUUCCCUCUGGUACAAAUAAAGUUGUAGUUUGAUUCAGCUCUGAACCUGAGUACAGUGUUUGUUUGCAUGGAGUUGUGAUGCUAAUGGUUGCUUGUGAUUUCUUUCCAUCUCCAGUUUGAGCUACCCUUGGAGGAGUUUGCAGGGAAAAUGAGCAAGAGCAAAUUGAAGCUAGUGCUGACCAAUGGCAAAAUACAGGGGUAAGACUGGGAUGUCAGGAGACCUCUUGUUCUUUAUCUCUUAUCACAUUAUUUUGACAUUGUGUCAUCAACACAUUCAUAUAUGUUUCUUUCUUUCUGACCACAGGAGGAAGGGUGGUCGUUCAGGCAGCAGUAACUGUGCCGGCCGUGCCCCGCACUUCCAGCACCAUGCUAUGGGUGGGUCUGCCCUGUCAGACUUUGAGACAGAGGACGAGCUACAGAUUGACGAGACACCUCCUCCACGACGCAAGGCUGGGGGAUCCAGCAAGAAGAAACUUAGUGGUAAGAGAGAGAAAGACCCCUGCCUUUUCUACAUGAUAUAGUAUAAAUGGAAAUAUAAACUCAGCAAAAAAAGAAACGUCCUCUCACUGUCAACUGCAUUUAUUUUCAGCAAACUUAACAUGUGCAAAUAUUUGUGUGAAAAUAAUAAGAUUCAACAACUGAGACAUAAACUGAACAAGUUCCACAGACAUGUGACUAACAGAAAUUGAAUAAUGUGUCCCUGAACAAAGGGGGAGUCAAAAUCAAAAGUAACAGUCAGUAUCUGGUGUGGCCACCAGCUGCAUUAAGUACUGCAGUGCAUCUCCUCCUCAUGGACUGCACCAUAUUUGCCAGUUCUUGCUGUGAGAUGUUACCCCACUCUUCCACCAAGGCACCUGCAAGUUCCCUGACAUUUCUGGGGGGAAUGGCCCUAGCCCUCACCCUCCGAUCCAACAGGUCCCAGACGUGCUCAAUGGGAUUGAGAUCCGGGCUCUUCGCUGGCCAUGGCAGAACACUGACAUUCCUGUCUUGCAGGAAAUCACGCACAGAACGAGCAGGAUGGCUGGUGGCAUUGUCAUGCUGGAGGGUCAUGUCAGAAUGAGCCUGCAGGAAGGGUACCACAUGAGGGAGGAGGAUGUCUUCCCUGUAACGCACAGCGUUGAGAUUGCCUGCAAUGACAACAAGCUCAGUCCGAUAAUGCUGUGACACACCGCCCCAGACCAUGAUGGACCCUCCAUCUCCAAAUCGAUCUCGCUCCAGAGUACAGGCCUCGGUGUAACGCUCAUUCCUUCGACGAUAAACGCGAAUCCGACCAUCACCCCUGGUGAGACAAAACCGCGACUCGUCAGUGAAGAGCACUUUUUGCCAGUCCUGUCUGGUCCAGCGACGGUGGGUUUGUGCCCAUAGGCGACGUUGUUGCCGGUGAUGUCUGGUGAGGACCUGCCUUACAACAGGCCUACAAGCCCUCAGUCCAGCCACUUUCAGCCUAUUACGGACAGUCUGAGCACUGAUGGAGGGAUUGUGUGUUCCUGGUGUAACUCGGGCAGUUGUUGUUGCCAUCCUGUACCUGUCCCGCAGGUGUGAUGUUCAGAUGUACCGAUCCUGUGUAGGUGCUGUUACACGUGGUCUGCCACUGCGAGGACAAUCAGCUGUCCGUCCUGUCUCCCUGUAGCGCUGUCUUAGGCGUCUCACAGUACGGACAUUGCAAUUUAUUGCCCUGGCCAAAUCUGCAGUCCUCAUGCCUCCUUGCAGCAUGCCUAAGGCACGUUCACGCAGAUGAGCAGGGACCUUGGGCAUCUUUCUUUUGGUGUUUUUCAGAGUCAGUAGAAAGGCCUCUUUAGUGUCCUAUGUUUUCAUAACUGUGACCUUAAUUGCCUACUGUCUGUAAGCUGUUAGUGUCUUAACGACCGUUCCACAGGUGCAUGUUCAUUAAUUGUUUAUGGUUCAUUGAACAAGCAUGGGAAACAGUGUUUAAACCCUUUACAAUGAAGAUCUGUGAAGUUAUUUGGAUUUUUACGAAUAAUCUUUGAAAGACUGGGUCCUGAAAAAGGGCAGUUUCUUUUUUUGCUGAGUUUACUUAGAGAGCACUUCUUUCGUGAUAGCAUUACUAAGCAAUAAAAUAUGUUUUCUGAUCUUGUUGGGGCGUUCGGUUAAGCCUUCUGAGCCUUUAGGCUAAAUCGAUAUGAAAGCAAUACAAAACCUUUUUAGGAGUCCUUUGGGAGUGACGUAAUCUGUCUGGGGCAGGUUUGGUCGGUUGGUGGAGCAAGGAACAAACUAUAAACUUGUGUAUGUAUGCCUGGAUCGUUUUCCAUCAGGGCACAUGUUGUAACAAAACCUUUUGCUAAGGAAAACGUACAAAUGUAGCAUUUCUUAUAGUUCCUCCCCCUUUCACACAGUUUUGAAUAGUAUUCUUCCAUUUUGUGCCUACUGAACAUGACCCUGUUUCCGUCAGGUCUUCCUAGGAAGCUGCCGAGGGCCAAGCCAUGCUCUGACCCCAAUCGCAUCAGAGAACCAGGAGAGGUGGACUUCGACAUUGAGGAGGACUACACCACAGAUGAGGAGGAGACCAUGACUGUCCAUGGAGUGAAGGGUGGAGCAGGGGGAAUCCUGGACCUGCUGAAAGCCAGCAAACAGGUGGCAGGGCUGGACUCUGCACUCAGGUAGGGCCUGACUGACACUUCUGGACAUUUCAGCAACCUCAAUCAUAUAGUUUUAUUCUCAAUACCAGCCCUCUGCAACUUGUGUUCAGAUAUUCUGAGCAGUCAGAUUACCACGUAUUGUCUUAUCUAUUUGAACUCAAGUCAAUCAUUCGAAAAAUGUAUUGGCAUUCUGCCUUGGCAUCAGAUUGCCAAUGGAAAAAUUUAUACAAAAUGGGAGCCAAUGAAGUUGGGAGGAUGAAUGUUUCACUCGCUGCCUUCAUUAACAGAAAAGAUAACCUCUGUUAACUUGCUUAAUAUAAAUAUAUCUCCUCUACAUUUUAGUGCUGUUUGGGUGGUAAUCAUCUCUUGUCCUCCCUCUCCACCCUCCAGUGAGGAAGCCCCAUCCUCUCCCAGCACGCGAGAUGCCAUCCAGGGCAUGCUCUCCAUGGCCAACCCUCCCUCCUCUUCCUCCUCCUCCUCUUCCUCCUCUUCCUCCCCUCGGUCUGUCUCCGGAGGUCUUUCUGAGGGCCUGGGCGUGGUCAAAGAGAAAGGAGGGCGGGCCGUGUGGGUGACAGGAGCCAAUAAGAGCAGAGGGGGAGGAGCCUCCAAAGAGAAGACGAUGUUCCAACGCCCUGGGAAACGGCCUGUCAAGCGGCCGGCCCGUCACCUUAGCGACGAGGACAGCCCAGAUGAGCAGGAGACUCUUGGCACCUGUUUUAAAGACGCCGAGUAUGGUGAGUCAGAGGAAGAGUCUCAAUUGAGAUUCUCCCAUAGGCUGUGUGCGUCCCAAAUGGCACCCUAUUCCCUAUAUAGUGCACUACUUCUGACCAGGUGAGUCAUUGGAGGAAAGAACACAAGAACACACCCCUGGCCUGGCUAUUGCUCAGAGACUACUCCCCUCGCCCUGGCCGAAUUAGUUUUGGAGUGGUCUCAAAUAUGCACCCUCCGCCAAACUGGUUCCUCAGGCGAGCUAAAACUAACAAUCAGAGAGGGGGCUUAUCAUUGUGGCCCAGGUGGCACAAAAUAAUCAAAGGUCUGACUGCACGGAGAUGCUUGGGAAAAUUUUUCGUGUCUCAGGUGAAGAGGGUGGAUCUGAUCUCCAUCACCUAGGACUUGACAUAGAUUAAAUAGAUUAAUCAAAUUUCACAUUGUUGUCAAUUUUUGCUCAAUCUUGCAUGCUUUCUCAAACAGCUGUAACUGUAUAUGCAUUCGUAUAUGCAUUCGUAAAUCAGGUCCUUUCUUGAGUUGGGCUCUGGGAUGUAACAACCGUUGAGUAUCUGAUUUUAUGGUUGAUUGUGGAGGAAAGGGGUUGAGUGUGUUAGAGUAUGUGCGUGUGUGUUUAUCCCACAUCUGUUGCAAGGGGGGUAAGGAUGUUAGGGAGAAUAUAGGAUGAACCACAAUAACUGUUUGCUAAAAUAAUAAUUGCUUGUCAAAAAUGUGAUGUAAUACAAUGGCAAUCUGGGUUAUAGGUUAAAAUCCUACGCAUGUACUGCCGACAUUAUUACGCAUAUUAAUUGAUAAUGCUGGAAAAUAAGAUAUGCAAGAUAUUUGAAUAGAUAUAUAUUUAUAAAUAGCUAUAUAUAUAUAUAUAUAUAUACAGUUGAAGUCGGAAGUUUACAUACUCUUAGGUUGGAGUCAUUAAAACUCCAACCUAAGUUUUGGCAAGUCGGUUAGGACAUCUACUUUGUGGACGACACAAGUAAUUUUUCCAACAAUUGUUUACAGACAGAUUAUUUCACUUAUAAUUCACUGUAUCACAAUUCCAGUGGGUCAGAAGUUUACAUACACUAAGUUGACUGUGCCUUUAAACAGCUUGGAAAAUAGAAGCUUCUGAUAGGCUAAUUGACAUCAUUUGAGUCAAUUGGAGGUGUACCUGUGGAUGUAUUUCAAGGCCUACCUUCAAACUCAGUGCCUCUUUGCUUGACAUCAUGGGAAAAUGUAGACCUCCACAAGUCUGGUUCAUCUUUGGGAGCAAUUUCCAAACGCCUGAAGGUACCACGUUCAUCUGUACAAACAAUAGUACGCAAGUAUAAACACCAUGGGACCACGCAGCCGUCAUACCGCUCAGGAAGGAGACGCGUUCUGUUUCCUAGAGAUGAACGUACUUUGGUGCGAAAAGUGCAAAUCAAUCCCAGAACAACAGCAAAGGACCUUGUGAAGAUGCUGGAGGAAACAGGUACAAAAGUAUCAAUGUCCACAGUAAAACAAGUCCUAUAUCGACAUAACCUGAAAGGCCGCUCAGCAAGGAAGAAGCCACUGCUCCAAAACCGCCAUAAAAAAGCCAGACUACGGUUUGCAACUGCACAUGGGGACAAAGAUCGUACUUUUUGGAGAAAUGUCCUCUGGUCUGAUGAAACUUAAGUAGAACUUAAUGGCCAUAAUGACCAUUGUUUUGUUUGGAGGAAAAAGGGGGUUGCUUGCAAGCCGAAGAACACCAUCCCAACCAUGAAGCACGGGGGUGGCAGCAUCAUGCUGUGGGGGUGCUUUUCUGAAGGAGGGACUGGUGCACUUCACAAAAUAGAUGGCAUCAUGAGGAAGGAAAAUGAUGUGGAUAUAUUGAAGCAACAUCUCAAGACAUCAGUCAGGAAGUUAAAGCUUGGUCGCAAAUGGGUCUUCCAAAUGGACAAUGACCCCAAGCAUACUUCCAAAGUUGUGCCAAAAUGGUUUAAGGACAACAAAGUCAAGGUAUUGGAGUGGCCAUCACAAAGCCCUGACCUCAAUCCUAUAGAAAAUGUGUGGGCAGAACUGAAAAAGCGUGUGCGAGCAAGGAGGCCUACAAACCUGACUCAGUUACACCAGCUCUGUCAGGAGGAAUGGGCCAAAAUUCACCCAACUUAUUGUGGGAAGCUUGUGGAAGGCUACCCGAAACGUUUGACCCAAGAUAAACAAUUUAAAGGCAAUGCUACCAAAUACUAAUUGAGUGUAUGUAAACUUCUGACCCACUGGGAAUGAGAUGGAAAAAAUGAAAGCUGAAAUAAAUAAUUCUCUCUACUAUUAUUCUGACAUUUCACAUUCUGUAAAUAAAGUGGUGAUCCUAACUGACCUAAGAGGGAAUUGUUACUACGAUUAAAUGUCAGGAAUUGUGAAAAACUGAGUUUAAAUGUAUUUGGCUAAGGUGUAUGUAAACUUCCGACUUCAACUGUGUGUAUAUAUAGCCGGCCGCGACCGGGAGACCCAUGGGGCGGCGCACAAUUGGCCCAGCGUCGUCUAGGGUAGGGGAGGGAAUGGCCGGCAGGGAUGUAGCUCAGUUGGUAGAGCAUGGCGUUUGCAACGCCAGGGUUGUGGGUUCGAUUCCCACGGGGGGUAUGAAUUUUUUUAAAAAAAAUAUAUAUAUAUAUAUAUAAUAAUGUAUGCUCUCACUAACUGUAAGUCGCUCUGGAUAAGAGCGUCUGCUAAAUGAUGUAAAUGUAAAAAUGUAAGUCUGAAGUUUACAUAUAUAUUGAGGUGAGAGCAUUGGAAAUGCUUUUGGCGGUUGACCUGCUUCUGUUUUGUGGGUGGCACUGUGUGCUGUUUUCGAUGGAUGGGUCCUGGCCUCGGGGGCCUAGGGAUCCGGAGGGACAGGGGUGGUAUGCUGAUCACUGGGAUGACGGCCCAACUUGGGACAGGGAGGGGCUUUAGCGGGGGAAUUAGUGGAGAACAAUUGGAGGGUUACAUAGUAGCAAUGCAAAUAUCAUGGUACAGCUAUAUGGACACUCAAUCACUAUGGUAUUUUGUAUUGGUAAAUUUACAAACAUAUAUAAUGAUAAAUAGUUUUGAAACUUGUAUCUCAUUAUGGUAUAUGUUGAAAUAAAUAUAGCCAGUUAUAAUUGUAGCAGAUAACAAAAGAAGAACAAUAUUUACAUGGCUCAAAGAGAAGGAAUAUAAUAUCUAUUGUUUACAGGAAACUCAUUCAACAAUUCUAGAUGAAGUUGCGUGGAAAAAGGAAUGGGGGGGGGGGUGAAAUAUACUUCUCCCAUGGGCAAAGAAACUCAAAAGGGGUGAUGAUAUUAAUUAACAGUAAUUUUGAUCCGAAUGUGCAAAUUGUCAAUACAGAUACGCAAGGUAGAUGGAUUGUUUUAAAUAUGUUAUUUGACCAUAAACAGAUAUGGCUCGUUAACCUUUACGGACUAAAUAAUAAUUAUCCACACUUCUUUGACAAUAUAUAUAUUAAAUGAUCAACCCUGCAAGCAAUUCAAGACUCUAUUAUUAUGGUGGGAGAUUAUAAUACCGUUUUAAAUAGCUCAAUGGACCGUAAAGGAAAUCACACUACAAACAAUCACCCUCAUGCGCUUAAGGAAAUCAUGAAUGUCAUGGAUACAUUAGUACUAGUAGAUAUAUGGAGGCUUAAAUAUCCUGAUCUAGUGAGAUAUACAGUGGGGAGAACAAGUAUUUGAUACACUGCCGAUUUUGCAGGUCUUCCUACUUACAAAGCAUGUAGAGGUCUGUAAUUUUUAUCAUAGGUACACUUCAACUGUGAGAGACGGAAUCUAAAACAAAAAUCCAGAAAAUCACAUUGUAUGAUUUUUAAGUAAUUAAUUUGCAUUUUAUUGCAUAACAUAAGUAUUUGAUACAUCAGAAAAGCAGAACUUAAUAUUUGGUACAGAAACCUUUGUUUGCAAUUACAGAGAUCAUACGUUUCCUGUAGGUCUUGACCAGGUUUGCACACACUGCAGCAGGAAUUUUGGCCCACUCCAUACAGACCUUCUCCAGAUCCUUCAGGUUUCGGGGCUGUCGCUGGGCAAUACGGACUUUCAGCUCCCUCCAAAGAUUUUCUAUUGGGUUCAGGUCAGGAGACUGGCUAGGCCACUCCAGGACCUUGAGAUGCUUCUUACGGAGCCACUCCUUAGUUGCCCUGGCUGUGUGUUUCGGGUCGUUGUCAUGCUUGAAGACCCAGCCACGACCCAUCUUCAAUGCUCUUACUGAGUGAAGGAGGUUGUUGGCCAAGAUCUCGCGAUACAUGGCCCCAUCCAUCCUCCCCUCAAUACGGUGCAGUCGUCCUGUCCCCUUUGCAGAAAAGCAUCCCCAAAGAAUGAUGUUUCCACCUCCAUGCUUCACGGUUGGGAUGGUGUUCUUGGGGUUGUACUCAUCCUUCUUCUUCCUCCAAACAUGGCGAGUGGAGUUUAGACCAAAAAGCUCUAUUUUUGUCUCAUCAGACCACAUGACCUUCUCCCAUUCCUCUUCUGGAUCAUCCAGAUGGUCAUUGGGAAACUUCAGACGGGCCUGGACAUGCGCUGGCUUGAGCAGGGGGACCUUGCGUGCGCUGCAGGAUUUUAAUCCAUGACGGCGUAGUGUGUUACUAAUGGUUUUCUUUGAGACUGUGGUCCCAGCUCUCUUCAGGUCAUUGACCAGGUCCUGCCGUGUAGUUCUGGGCUGAUCCCUCACCUUCCUCAUGAUCAUUGAUGCCCCACGAGGUAAGAUCUUGCAUGGAGCCCCAGACCGAGGGUGAUUGACCGUCAUCUUGAACUUCUUCCAUUUUCUAAUAAUUGCGCCAACAGUUGUUGCCUUCUCACCAAGCUGCUUGCCUAUUGUCCUGUAGCCCAUCCCAGCCUUGUGCAGGUCUACAAUUUUAUCCCUGAUGUCCUUACACAGCUCUCUGGUCUUGGCCAUUGUGGAGAGGUUGGAGUCUGUUUGAUUGAGUGUGUGGACAGGUGUCUUUUAUACAGGUAACGAGUUCAAACAGGUGCAGUUAAUACAGGUAAUGAGUGGAGAACAUGAGGGCUUCUUAAAGAAAAACGAACAGGUCUGUGAGAGCCGGAAUUCUUACUGGUUGGUAGGUGAUCAAAUACUUAUGUCAUGCAAUAAAAUGCAAAUUAAUUUCUUAAAAAUCAUACAAUGUGAUUUUCUGGAUAUUUCGGCAGUGUAUCAAAUACUUGUUCUCCCCACUGUACAUGGUGGAGACUCAAAUCAAGCUAGUCGUCUUGACUUCUUUCUUAUGUCAUUCUCGUUGGCACCAAAAGUUUAAAAAGUGUUGAUAGGGGACAGAAUGCGGUCAGACCAUAAUUGGCAUAUACAUUACUCUUACUGAAUUUCCACGUGGGCGAGGAUAUUGGAAAUGUAAUCAAAGCCUAUUGGAUGAGAACUUGUUUUUAACUAGCACAGAGGAAUUCAUAACUGAUUUUUUCCAACAUAACAUAGGUACAGCAAAUCCCCUUAUUGUAUGGGACACCUUUAAAUGUGCCUUUAGAGGCCAUGCAAUUCAGUACUCAUCUCGAAAAACAAAAGCAAUUUAGGUCAAAAGAGUCCAUACUAACAAAAGGAAAUAGGUCUAACAGAACAGAUAGAUAGCAAUAAAAACUGUAACAUAGAGGCUCAGAAUAAAUUAGAGGAAAAACGAAAAUAAAUUGAGAAACUCAUUCAAGAAAGAUCAAGUGUAAUAUAUUUUAAAAAAUAAAGCAAACUGGAUGGAAUAUGGGGAAAAAUGCACCAAAUUAUUUUUUUAUCUUAAGCAUAGGAAUGCAACCAAAAAUAAUUUACUGAAACUGGUUACAAAUGACGGAGUCACCCAUGAUUCACCAAAUUAUAUUUUGAAGGAGGAAACAAAGUACUUUAAGCAUAUGUUUUCAUUUCAGUCGCCUCCAUCUCCUCUAACUGAAGCUAAUUGUAGAGAUGUAUUUUCUAGUGAUAAUGUAAAGUUAAAGACUCAUGUGAAGGUGAAAUUACAGAGGAGGAACUUCUGGAUGCAUUUAAAGACUUUAAGUCCGGGAAAACUCCAGGGUUGGAUGGCAUACCAGUUGAGGUAUACCACACCUUUUUUGAUAUACUCAGAGGACCAUUAUUAGCAUGUUUUAACCACUCCUAUGUAAAUGGUAAAUGGUAGAUUAUCAGACACUCAAGAAGAAGGUCUGAUUUAUUAUUACUGAAACAGGAUACAAGUGGAAAAUACAAAGAUCCAGUCCAUUUAAAAAAUUGGAGGCCCCUUACACUUCAGUGUUGUGAUGCAAAAAUUCUAGCUCAUAGAAUUAAAAAGGUAUUGUCGGACAUUAUUCAUUCUAAUCAGACAGGUUUUUUACAUGGAAAAUACAUUGGAGAUAAUAUAAGACAAGUAUUGGAAACAAUAGAACACUAUGAAAAAUCUGGGAAACCAGGCCUGCUAUUCAUAGCAGACUUUGAAAAGGCAUUUGAUAAAGUACGACUGGGGUUUAUAUAUAAAUGCCUGGAGCAUUUCAAUUUUGGAGAAUCUCUUAUAAAAUGGGUUAAAAUCAUGUAUAGUAACCCUAGGUGUAAAAUAGUAAAUAAUGGCUAUUUCUCAGAAAGUUUUAAACUGUCAAGAGGAGUGAAACAAGGUUGUCCACUUUCGGCAUAUCUAUUUAUCAUGGCCAUCAAGAUGUUAGCUAUUAAAAUCAAAUCCAACAAUAAUAUCAAAGGAUUAGAAAUCCAGGGCUUAAAAACAACGGUGAUGAUUCAUGUUUUCUUUUAAAUCCACAACUUGAAUCCCUCCACAGCCUCAUAGAGGAUCUAGAUACAUUUUCUAACCUCUCUGGAUUACAACCAAAUUAUGAUGAAUGUACUAUAUUACGUAUUGGAUCACUAAAAAAUUAAACAUUUACAUUACCAUGUAGUUUACCAAUAAAAUGGUCUGAUGGUGAUGUGGAUAUACUUGGAAUACAUAUCCCAAAUGAAAUAAAUGAUCUCACUCCAAUAAAUAUAAAAAAAUAAAAAUAGAUAAGAUCUUGCUACCAUGGAAAGGUAAAUACCUGUCAAUUUGUGGAAAAAUCACCUUGAUUAACUCUUUAGUAUUAUACCAGUUUACUUAUUUGCUUAUGGUCUUGCCUAUGCCUAGCGAACUGUUUUUUAAUUUAUAUGUGAAAAAAUUAUUCCAUUUUAUUUGGAACGGCAAGCCAGACAAAAUUAAACGGGCCUAUUUAUAUAAUGAAUAUGAAUUCGGAGGACAGAAAUUAUUAAAUAUUAAAGCAUUAGACCUAUCACUAAAAGCUUCAGUCAUACAAAAGUUAUACUUAAAUCUGAACUGGUUCUCUAGCAAAUUAGUAAGAUUGUCUCACCCAAUGUUCAAGAAUGGCCUUUUUCCCUUUAUUCAGAUUACAACCUCACACUUUCAGUUAUUUGAAAAGGAAAUAAUCUCCCAAAUAUCACUAUUUCUAAAAUAAGCCAUAGAAAGUUGGUUGCAAUUUCAAUUUAAUCCUCCAGAAACGACAGAACAAAUCAUGCAACAAAUAUUGUGGUUAAACUCAAAUAUACUAAUUGAUAAAAAACCAUUAAUUUUUUUACACAAUGUUUAAAAAAGGUAUAAUCUUCGUAAAGAAUAUCAUCGGUAGGACUGGUGGAGUUAUGUCGCACAUACAGCUAACAAAAAACAUAUGGAAAUGUCUGCUCUACCCAAAAUUACAACCAAAUAAUUGCAGCAUUAUCGCAAAAAUGGAAGAGGAAAGUGGAAGGGGGAAAAUGUAAGGAACUUGUCUGUCGGCCUUGCAUUAAAUAAUAUAAUUGGUUCAAGAAAACUGUGAGAAAUAACAAAGUAUACCAGUUUUAUUUAAGGACCAAAGGAUUGACAGCCAUCCCAUAUAGAUUGCAAAAUAGUUGGGAAGAGAUUUUUGACGUACCGAUCCCAUGGCAUAGUGUUUAUGAACUGAUACGCAAAACGACGCCGGAUUCAAAACGUAUUAUAUAAAAAUGUUGCUACCAAUAGAAUGUUAUUUAUAUGGGGGAUACAAUCUUCCAAGCUCUGCAGAUUUUGCUGCGAAGAGACAGAAUCAUUAGAUCAUUUGUUUUGGUACUGUCCAUUUGUAGCUUGUUUUUGGACACAGGUCCAGGAAUGGCUAAAAGAUUGCAAUAUUUACCUGGAGCUAACCCUGCAGAUAGCAUUACUGGGUGAUCUGAAAAGUCAUAGUCAAUCGAUUAAUAAUACUUUUAGCAAAAAUGUUUAUUUUCAAUUUACAAUCUGUAGAAACAAUGAGAAUAGAAAGGUUCAGAACUCUUAUAAAACAUCACAGUAUAGUUGAAAAAUAUAUGGCCAAUAGAAAUCCAAUAUGGAUGGUGUUAAGAGAUAGAUGGGUAGUGUUGAAGGAUGGGACUAAUAACAACUAAUAACAACAAGAUAACAAAUAAUGUAAGCAUACUGUGUCCAUAAUAAGUAUAUAGGUUAUAGGUUGAGAGCUUUUGUGAAAGAGCACAGUUAGAAAGAUAUGGCAUAUAGAAGCAAACCGGAUGGACAUCAUGAAAAUGAGAGGUUGAGGGUAGAGGAAGUUCAGGAGUAAAAACAAACAAAAUAGAAUUAUUGUAAAAUUGACUGUGUCCAUAAAAUGUAUAUAGUAUGUAUAAGCUGGAAGUAGAGGCCUAAGCGUUGUUGUUCACUAGUUUACUCCAAUUAGGGAAGGGGUGGUGGGGUUGGAAAGUAAUAAAGGGAAAUAUAUUUUUUUAAUGGAAAUGUGUGUGUAUAUAUAUAUAUAUAUAUAUAUAUAAUAUUUAUAUUUGCGAGGGGAAAAAAACUACAUAUGGGGGAUUGGAAGUGAUGCAGACAAUUACAUUGAUGGAAGUUACAAUCUAUCUGCAAUAUUAAAGCUGAUCUACCCCCUAAAAAAAUUUUUUUUUAACUCACGAACAUUGGGUUUAGCUCACCUGGGAACUAAGUCAUGGUCUAAUCAAGACACUAUGAUGGAUACUAAACUAAAUGAUCCAAUGAUGUCACAGUCAUUAUCCUGCCUGCCUGCUCAACCUCCUAACCAACCCCUGUGUGUGUUUCAGUCUAUCCCUCCCUAGAGUCUGAUGAGGAGGACCAUGCCAACAAGGCCAAGAUGAAGCGGAAGAAAAACUGGGACGACACUCCUUGGAGCCCCAAAGGUACUCACUACUCAACCCCUUUUCAAUGGGUUGUCAACGUAAAGUCACUGAAUGUUAGACAGUGGACAUGUUUCAUGACCAAACCGACAGCAAAGGACAUUUGUUGAUACUUAGUUGAACAUCUAGAAACCAUCUGUAGGCGGACUCUCCAAAUAAAGUGUUACCAAUCAUUGAUUAAUUCCGCUAACAUAUUUUCUUGUUCCCUCAGCCCGGGUAACACCCACCCUGCCAAAACAGGAGCGCCCAGUAAGGGAGGGGGCCAGAGUGGCUUCUGUAGAGACUGGCCUUGCUGCAGCUGCUGCCAAACUGGCACAACAGGUGAGAUGAGAGGAGGAGAAAUACACUACAUGACCAAAAGUAUGUGGACACCUGCUCGUCCAACAUCUCAUACCAAAAUCAUGGGCAUUAAUAUUGAGUUAGUUCCCCCUUUGCUGAUAUAACAGCCUCCACUCUUCUGGGAGUGCUUUCCACUAGACGUUGGAACAUUGCUGCAGGGAUUUGCUUCCAUUCAGCCACGAGCAUUAGUGAGGUCGGGCACUGAUGUUGGGCGAUAAGGCCUGGCUCGCAGUCGGCGUUCCAAUUCAUCCCAAAGGUGUUCGAUGGGGUUGAGGUCAGGGCUCUGUGCAGGCCAGUCAAGUUCUUCCACACCGAUCUCAACAAACCAUCACUCCAGAGAACGCGUUUCCACUGCUCCAGAGUCCAAUGGCGGCGAGCUUCACACCACUUCAGCCGACGCUUGACAUUGCGCAUGGUGGUCUUAGGCUUGUGUGUGGCUGCUCGGCCAUGGAAACCCAUUUCAUGAAGCUCCCAACAAACAGUUCAAGCUGACGUUGCUUCCAGAGGCAGUUUGGAACUCUGUAUUGAGCGUUGCAACUGAGGACAGAUGAUUUCUACGAGCUUCAGCACUCGGUGGUCCCGUUCUGUGAGCUUGUGUGGCCUACCACUUCGCGGCUGAGGCGUUGUUGCUCCUAGACGUUUUCACUUCACAGUAACAGCACUUACAGUUGACUGGGGCAGCUCUAGCAGGGCAGAUUUUUGAUGAACUGAUUUGUUGGAAAGGUGGCAUCCGUGCCACGUUUAAAGUCACUGAGCUCUUCAGGAAGGCCAUUCUACUGCCAAUGUUUGUCUAUGGAGAUUGCAUGGCUGUGUGCUCGAUUUUACACACGUCAGCAACGGGUGUGGCUGAAAUAGCCGAAUCCACUCAUUUGAAGCAGUGUCCACAUACUUUUGUAUAUAAUGUAUAGUGUAUGUUGGGGGGCAGUUUGGGACAAGUUAAUGUUCUGAGAGAGGUAGGGCAGGUAGCGGUAGUGCCCUUUACUAAAUUUUAUACACAUUCAAAUAGAUGAGACAAUCACCAAAAACGUUCAAAUGAGAGCCAAAUGUUGAGAUGCUACCCUCUGAGGAGCUAGGGAACAUGAUUGAAUGUCAACUGCUGUCUAAUAUUUAUAUUGUUUAUUCAUCCAGGAGAUCCAGAAACCCACCAAGAGGAAGUACACCAAAAAGCCCCGCCCCGUUGCCACUCCUGCCGCACUACAGCCCCCACCUCAGGCCGAGCCGUCCCCUCCCUCCCCCCCUCUGGCCCCGGAGCCUCCCACCCCUGACUUAAGCCCUGAGCAGAGGGUGGAGUGCUACUCUGCCAGCCUACUGGACCAUGAGUACACGGCGGGCCCUGGGGGCCCCAGAGGGAGUGCUGCUAUGGCUCCUGGGGUGUUCCUCACCUCCAGACGACCCUCCCUCUCCCCCCAGAACAGCAGCACUUACUCCCCCUCGGCAGCCUCCCCCGCUGGGCAAGCUAGCCCCGGCAGCGCUGGAGCUGGUGGAGGUAAGUACAUAAGUGCUUGGGGUUAUUGUAUUGCUCGAAGAUCCACUUGCGGCCAAGUUUCAGCCUCCUGGUUGAGACAACAAGGUUUUGGGCAAAAAUGUCCUGGUACUGGGUAAAGUUCAUGAUGCCAUUGACCUUAUGGGGUUAUUUUCUGUAUAUGCAUCCUUCUUUCAACACCAAAGAGUGCAAGACAUUUUAGCUCAAAACCUGGUUGCCUCUGCCAGGAGGCUGAAGCUUGGCCACAAGUGGAUCUUCCAGCAAGACAAUAACCCCAAGCACACAUCAAAAUCCACAAAGAAAUGGUUAAUUGACCACAAAAUCUACAUUUUGCAAUGGCCAUCUCAGUCCGGACUUGAACCCAAUUGAAAACCUGUGGUUUGAAUUGAAGAGGGCAGUCCAUAAGCACAGACAAAGGAUAUCAAGGAUCUGGAAAGAUUCUGUAUAGAUGAAUGGUCUAAGAUCCCUCCCAAUAUGUUCUCCAAUCUCAUAAAACAUUUUAGAAAAAGGCUCAGUGCCGUUAUCCUCGCAAGGGGGAGGGUGCCGAAGUAUUGAAAAUAGGGGUGCCAAUAGUUUUGACCUCUAUCUUUUUGAGAGAAAACAUAUUACUUGUUAAAAAGUAUAAAAUAAAAAACAUUGAACAAAAAUAUAAACACAACAUGUAAAGUGUUGGUCCCAUGUUUCAUGAGCUGAAAUAAAAGAUCCCAGAAAUUUUCCAUACGAACAAAAAGCUUAUUUCUCUCAUUUUGUGCAGACAUUUGUUUACAUCCCUGUUAGUGAGCAUUUCUCCUUUGCCAAGAUAAUCCAUCUACCUGACAGGUGUGGCAUAUCAAGAAGCUGAUUAAACGCCAUGAUCAUUACACAGGUGCACCUUGUGCUGUGGACAAUAAAAGGCCACUCUACAAUGUGCAGUUUUGUCACACAACACAAUGCCACAGAUGUCUCAAGUUUUGAGAGUGUGUGCAAUUGGCAUGCUAACUGCAGGAUUGUCCACCAGAGCUGUUGCCAGAGAAUUUAAUGUUAAUUUCUCUGCCAUAAGCCGCCUCCAACGUCGUUUUUGAGAAUUUGGCAGUACGUCCAACCGGCCUCACAACCGCAGACCACGUGUUACCACGUUGUAAACAGAGGGCUCUGUCAAUGAUUGGUAGCACAGAGAUACCGUGACGAGAUCCUGAGGCCCAUUGUCGUGCCAUUCAUCCACUGUCAUCACCUCAUAUUUCAGCAUGAUAAUGCGCAGUCCCAUUUUGCAAGGAUCUGUACACAAUUCCUGGAAGCUGAAAAUGUCCCAGUUCUUCCAUGCCCUGCAUACUCACCAGACAUGUCACCCAUUGAGCAUGUUUGGGAUGCUCUGGAUAGACGUGUACGACAGCGUGUUCCAAUUUCCGCCAAUAUCCAGCAACCGCACAGCCAUUGAAGAGGAGUGGGACAACAUUCCACUGGCCACAAUCAACAGCCUGAUCAACUCUAUGCGAAGGAGAUGUGUCACGCUGCAUGAGACAAAUGGUGGUCACACCAGAUACUGACUGGUUUUCUGAUCCACACCCGUACCUUUUUUUAAAGAUAUCUAUGACCAACAGAUGCAUAUCUUUAUGCAGUCAUGUGAAAUCCAUAGAUUAGGGCCUAAUGAAUUUAUUUAUUUCCAUAUAUGAACUGUUAACUCAGUAAAAUCGUUGAAUCUGUUGCUUGUUGCUUUUAUAUUUUUGUUCAGUGUAAUUUUCCUUUUUUGUUUUAUACACAAUAUAGUUCAAACAUCAUAAAAAUAAAAUAAACUUUUUUUGUCUAAAAAAGCAGCACACAUAGAAAUAUAUAAUGAAUUGAAUAGGGUUGCAACAUCUAACCCUGGCAAUUUGACUGGUAAACUUGCAAUGGCUGCCUGGUAUUGAUGCAAUAACUUCCAUGGUAAUGUAGAAUGUUCAUUCAAAUGAUGUUUAACUGAUGUGGCUCAUGCAAUGGAAUGUAUUUUUUGUAAUGUCAGUUGAGUUGAAUCAGCAAAUCACAGCACAUAUUUUAGCACAUAUUUGACUUAUGGGUACACUCACAAUAGAUGCGGUAAAGAGGUCAAUCAAACUAGACCAAAACAAUGGAAUUGCCAUGGAAACGCGUGGGGUAAAGGGCUAUGGGGGAAAGAUCCCGGGUCUCCUCAUUACCCCCCAGCAGAAUUAGUCUACUUUUAGGCUAUUGUUUGUAUGCGUAUUUCACACUAUGUUGAGGUAAAAAAUCGGAGUAUAAUGCUUGUAUGGAUGUCAACCCAAACACAUGUUCAUGUCAUCGUUACCGAUCAACUACAUUACAGUUAAAAACGAUUUUGACCACCAUCAACGAUUUCUGUAUGAUAGCUAUGCUAACCAGCUUAUACGAACGGGAGUUAGCAUUUAGCAGUCACUUCUUCUAAACUAGAAAAGGGACAACUUAUACAUGUUAUGCAGCGAAAACAGCCAAAUAUAUCCAAAUAGGACUUAAGUAAGCACAUUUUGGGCCUGUUACAAUACAGAAAACAUGUCAGAUUUGGCGAAUAUCCACUUUGUUAGAUCAGAUUUGUUGAAUGUUCGCCAAACUGGUCAAUGGAACUUCUGCGUUCCAAUGAUUCCUUUACCACAUCUAUGGCCGCCAGUCCACCCAUUAUGCCAUCAUAGAAUGAGGACGCCUGUUCUUUUAAUUAUAUUUCUAUGGUAGCAUAUGCGGUCAGUUGCGGAGGAGAGGAGAAAAUGUGCCCCCCUCCCCAAACAGUUAUUACGGUGACAGCAGUCAUUUGGCUGACCAAUUACCGUCAUCCAAAAUGUCAUGAUCGUCACUGCCCUAAGUAUUUGUGUUCUCUUUUUUUGCUCAUCUUUAUCAAGGGUGCAAAUAAUUUUGGUAAUGACUGUAGAAACACACUGGUAACUUCACAGCACAUAGACAUAAGUUCAGGGGUUAAAGUUCUUUCUCCGUCACUGCAACGGAUUUCUGUCAUAUGGAUUUAUUUUUUUCAUUCUUAUUUAAAUAAUUUGUUAAUUUUUUUAUCCAAUUUGAAAAGGACUGGAAUUGGUCAAACUAGCAGUUUGCAUGUACAAAAUGAUCCUCUUUCCCUAAAAGCAUGAUGGUCAUGAUUUUUUUUUUUUACAUGAAAGCGGAAGUUAACUUGGCCCCACAGACAAUCGAUCUGA